UAGGUUGGUUUUGUUGAGUUUGUUGUCAGAUGACCCUAUUUCAAAGCGCCUUUUUGCGCACCAAGACUGCGCACCACAGCGGCGUUCCAACAGUUGUCUAAUGUGAGAGCGAGAGCGCAGGGAGGUGACCAUGCAGCUGGAGAAUAGCUCCUCUAUGAACUGAGACGCUGACUGUGAAUCACUUUUUCCACCUACUCCUCUAGCUGGACUGGGCCCGAGGAGGAGUUCACUAACACGAACAACUCUCUGAAAAAAGUUCGGCGCGGAUUACAUAUCCAAAGGACUAGCGGACUGAAUCUGCUUUAUCUGUUAAAACUUUUCUAUCGCAACUUUGUCAGAACGUUUUGAGACGUGGUUUGAACUGGAGUCAUGCCCACGGCUUGGACUACUUUCCUUUUGUCAUUUUUCUUUCCCAUAUGCGCUCAUCCCGAUGGAGUGUAGCGGCGGGUGCUCGCUGUGGCUCCGCAUGUGCCAUGCGCCUGAUCUGAGCCAGUGGACAUGGAUAUCCAGGUGGCUGUGUGGUUCUUCUACUGCGUUCUGCUCCCCGCGGUUCUCCUAACAGCCUGCCUGUUUCGCUACAAUGUUCUGUCUCUGGUUUACUUCCUGUACCUGCUGCUCUUGCCAUGGUUCCUUUGUCCCAACAAGCACACCAUCAAAGGCCACACAGGGCGUUUCAUCUCAGCGGUGUUUUGCACGGGCCUCCUAUUUGUUCUGGCUCAUGUUUGCUUCCAGACUGUGUUGUUCACCUACCCACCUCUGGACACGGCCCUGGGGGACAAUUGCUCACAAUGGGACACAGUCAGCCGCCAGAUUGGCCUAUCCAGGUUGCCCCUGGAUGAGCCCUGGACUGUGGCCCGGCUGCUCUGUCCUGACCUGGCUGUGUGUCUGGUUGCCUUGGUAACCAGCAUCCUGUGUCAUCGCCUGGUGAAGAACAGGCAGAUGGUGGCCGCUGCUAACAUUACAUCUCUGGAUCAUCUAAACGACAGCCAAUCAGAUGCGGAGGACAGUGAGGUAGAGGAGGCUGAGGAGGGGCUGUCAGAGGAUGAAGACCAUCAGGACAGGUCUGUUGCAGAGGACCAGGAGGAGGAGGUGUCUGCUGGAACCCGAGCUAAGCAGCUAGCUGAGAAGCUCAAAUCAACAGCCUGCAGAGUGCUUCGAGACCUUGGCCGUAUCCUGGCCAUCAGCCUGCUGGCUUUAGCUGGUAUUACGCUGCCCUCGGCCUUUUCAGCCAUCUACUUCCUCCUCUUCAUCGGGGUGUGCACAUGGUGGGCCUGCCAUCUUCCCAUCAGCCACUUGGGCUUUAACGCACUGUGUGUCAUGGUGGGCUUCUUCACUGCUGGUCACAUGGUGUGUCUCUACGUGUACCAGAGUUCACUGUCCCAGGCUGUCUUCCCCCCCGCCAGUCUGUGGGCCCGACUGUUCGGCUUGAAGGACAUCAUCAUAUCUGGAAACUGUUCCUCCCCGUUUGAACUCAGCCUGAAUUCAAACCAUGACUGGCCUGUGUAUGCCAACCCAGGGGUCCUCUUCCUGCUUUAUGUCACCAUCACCACAGUUCUCAAGAGUGGCUACAUUGGAGCGUCUAAGGAGGAAGAGCAGAAAACGGACAGGGGGGCAGAGUCUCCAGGAGAUGAGGAGAUGGUGGAGUUCACAACGUGGAGAGAACCCAGGGAUGACUGCAGAGAUGAUACUCAGCUCAUGCUUUUGUCCAUGGGAAAUGAAGGACCCAAAGAAGUUGCACUGGCCUCAGAGGAGAACACAGAACUGGGUACCGAAGUUGCCCCCAGUGGUGGAAAGAGUGAGAGCCCAUUCUUUUUGCUGGGGAGGGUGGUGAUGCAGCAGAGCUAUGUGUGUGCUCUCAUAGCCAUGAUGGUGUGGAGCAUCACCUACCACAGCUGGCUCACCUUUGUGCUGUUGCUUUGGGCUUGUCUCAUCUGGAUCUUACGAGCCAGACGUCAUGCAGCCACCCUGUGCUCCCCAUUCAUCCUGCUCUAUGGGCUGGCCCUGUGCUGUCUGCAGUAUGUCUGGGGCAUGGAGCUCCAGCCCGAACUGCCCUCCACUGUAGGCAAUAUGAGCCUCCGGCAGUUGGGUCUAGAGCGGGCACAUUUCCCCUGUCUAAGGCUGGGGGCUCUGCUCCUGUUCACGCUGACCUUCUGGCUGCUGUUGCGACAGUCAGUGAAGGAAAACUUCAGCCGGAAAAGGAACAUGACGGCCCCUCUACAGGAAGUCACCACAGGAGAAGAUGGUGGUGGCAAUGAGUCAGUCCUGAAAGUAUUGGGAGGCAUGGUCAUGUGCUGUUACGCCAAAUACUGGAUCUAUGUGUGCGGGGGUAUGUUCAUCAUGGUGUCCUUCGCUGGAAAACUGGUGGGCUACAAGAUCGUGUACAUGCUGCUGUUUCUGCUCUGCCUCUGUCUCUAUCAGGUUUACUACUCCCUCUGGAGGCGGCUGCUGAAGAUCUUCUGGUGGCUUGUGGUCGCAUACACCAUGCUGGUGCUGAUUGCUAUCUACACUUAUCAGUUUGAGGACUUUCCUGGCUACUGGAUGCACUUCACAGGGUUCACAGAGGAACAGCUGGCAGCAGUGGGUUUGGAGACCUUUGCCCUUUCAGAACUCUUCAGCAGUAUCCUCAUCCCAGGCUUCUUCCUGUUGGCCUGUAUUCUUCAGCUGCACUAUUUCCACACACCCUUCAUGAAGAUCACUGACCUGGAGAAUGUCACCCCCAAGCGCAGAAAAAACACUGAGACAACUGGAGCCUGUUGCGCAGAGGGAGGAGGAGGAGGCUUUGAAGAAGAUGACGAGAACCUGGAAAUUGAGUCUGAAGGUACAAAGGGAACAUCUAAUAUCAGUGUUGCUGCGGCUUUGACACCCAGUAAAUGGGGCUUAGUCAUGGACAGACUGCUGGUGCUCUCCAGGAAAUUCUCUGAUACCCUCACCAAAAUCCAGGAUUUUCUGUGGCGUCUUCUGGAGUUGCACAUCAUCAAAAUGGUGGCCUUCUUCUCUGUCUGGGUGUCUCUGGAAGAGCCGUCUGUCAUGAACCUGGUGCUGGUGGUGUUCUGGUCCCUGGCCAUGCCUUACAGCCGCUUCAGGGCCAUGGCCUCGUGCCUGUCCACGGUCUGGGUAUGCGUCAUCAUCAUGUGCAAGAUGUUAUACCAGCUUAGUGUGGUCAACCCCAUUGAGUACUCCAGCAACUGCACCCUGCCCUUGACCAAUGAGACCAAUCUGUUAGCAGAGGAAAUGUUAAACUCUACUCUUUACAAAGAGCCGGUAGACCCCGCCAGGUGGUUUGGGAUCAGGAAAGAGGCGACUGUUCUGGGCUACAGCAAGAAUCACCUUAUUGUUUUGAUGCUGCUAGUUUUUGAGGCCACUGUCUACCGCCACCAAACUCACCACUACAAACAGCUGCAAUGUUCUCCUCCAACCAUCGCAGCUCUGUUCCCCAGUGCUACACGUGACACACUGGACCAGGGCCUGAUUCCAUGCAUCAAAUACCUGCUCAACUACACCUUCUACAAGUUUGGGCUGGAGAUCUGCUUCCUGAUGACAGUGAAUGUGAUUGGCCAGCGCAUGAACUUUCUGGUGAUUAUUCAUGGGUGCUGGUUGGUAGCCAUCUUGGUGAGACGGCGACGAGCAACCAUUGCUCAGAUAUGGCCCAGAUACUGUCUCUUCUUGUCCAUCUUCAUGAUCUACCAGUACUUAUUGUGUGUUGGGAUGCCCCCUGCUUUAUGUUUGGACUACCCUUGGAGAUGGAAUACUCCAGUGCUCAUGAACUCUGCUCUGAUCAAAUGGAUCUACCUGCCAGACUUCUACACCAUUCCCAACUCAAGGAACCUCAUGGCUGACUUUGUGCUGCUCAUGUGUGCAUCGCAGCAGUGGAAGGUCUUUGAGUGUGAGCGUGUGGAGGAGUGGAUGGUCUUGGCUGGGGAGAACACAGAUGAUCCAGACCCCAUGGAAGGGCGCCUGUUCAACCCAGCACCUAACUUUGUGAACUGCAGGAGUUACCUGGACAUGGCCAAAGUGCUGGUGUUCCGGUACUUCUUUUGGUUUGUUCUGGCUGUGGUGUUCAUCACUGGAGCCACCCGGAUAUCAGCUUUUGGACUGGGUUAUCUUUUAGCCUGUUUCUUUUUCCUUCUCUUUGGAACUAAGUUGCUGCUGAAGCCAUCAAAGACUCGUCUAGUAUUGUGGGAUUGCCUCAUAAUUUAUAAUGUUGCAGUCAUUAUAUCCAAAAACAUGCUCUCAAUUCUGGCCUGUGUGUUCGUCUUUGAGAUGCAGAAAGGCUUUUGUUGGGUUAUUCAGCUCUUCAGUCUCGUCUGUACAGUUAAAGGCUACUAUGACCCCAAUGCUGUGGAGAAGCGCAGCUGCAGCCUGCCUGUGGAAGAGGCCGGGAUCAUCUGGGAUGGGAUCUGUUUCUUGUGUCUUCUGCUGCAGCGGAGAGUCUUCCUCAGCUUCUACUUUCUCCAUGUGACGGCAGAGCUCCAGGCCUCAGCCCGCCAGGCCUCCAGAGGAUUUGAACUGUUUAAAGCCAGCAUCAUCAAAAACAUCAAAUACUACCAGCAACUAGAGCAGAAGUCCCUGUCACAGCUCAAGAGAUCAAUGCAACGUAUUCGAUCAAAACAACAAAAGUACCGAGAUGGACAUAAAACACACAAACAGCCAGACAGUACUGAAGAUGAAGCAGAAAGCGAAAAGGAACGGAAAAUACCCAGUAAGAAGAAAUGGUACCAGCCAUGGUUGGACCAUGCCAAAGUGCUCCACUCAGGAGACUACUACCUGUUUGAGUCAGACAGUGAGGAUGAGGAGGAGCAGCAGGCUGAUGAGCAGAAGCCCAAAAAGCAGACUGCUUGCCAGUUGGCGUACCAGGCCUGGGUCAGCAGCGUGAAGGAUGCUCUGAAGGAGCGGCAGAGGAGACAAAGGCAGCUGCGGCGAAUGGAGAAGGCAGCAGCCCGUCAGUCACGCCUUGACAGCGGUCUGGACAUAAGCUUACUGUUAUUUCCUCUGAAAACAUGUCAUAUCAAAAGAAGUGAACAUGGAACUUGUUUAACAGGUGGUCCAGACAAUGAUGUGUUUGAGGAGCCUGUUGAGCGAGAGGAAAGUGCAGAGCCAGAUGAGCAGGACUCUGGACAUGGUGAGAUGGUUCAGAGGAUCCUGGAUCUCCUGCGCUUCCUUUGGGCCAUAGUCCUCGCCAUGAUCGAUGGACUGACACAGUGGCUUAACCUUCUGACCAAACAGUACAGAGAAACAUCCACUGUGCUGUGUAACGAGCGCUACUUUAUGAUCCACAAGAUCCAACAGCACCAGACUGCAGCAUCCACAGAUGAACUUUUAUCCCAGGGCAGUGGCAGUCACACUUUGGAGACUUGUCUGGAUGACACUGAUGCAGAAAAUUCCAGAUACAGUUGUCUGGAUGUAGACAGUCAGGGGGUCCCAGGCCAAUCGACUCCCAGGCCCAUACAGGCCAGUGCAGGCAGCCUACUGAGUCCAGAGCCCCCAAACAGUCUGGAACUGCUGCCAGAUCUGCCCAAACAGCAGCGCCACUCCAGGACAGCCAGUGAGCUGUUGGGAGAGAGACAGUUUUAUAUCGAGGAAUUGGAGCAGAGCCGUGACUUCUACAACAACCAGAAUCGUCUGCUGAAGUUGCUGUUUGCUCUGUACAAUCUGCUGGCUGCUAACUCUGAACUGGUGUGUUACCUCAUCAUUGUCCUGAACAACGUGGUGAGUGCGUCUGUCAUCUCCCUGGUGCUGCCCAUUCUGGUAUUCUUGUGGGCCAUGCUCUCAGUGCCCAGACCCACCAAACGCUUCUGGAUGACUGCCAUUGUCUACACUGAGGUGAUGGUGGUGGUCAAAUACCUGUUUCAGUUUGGCUUCUUCCCUUGGAACAGCGUGUAUGAGAUGACACUAAAUGAAGACAAGCCUUUUUUCACUCCUCGCAUCCUGGGUCUGGAGAAGUCAGACAACUAUAUCAAAUAUGACCUGCUGCAACUGCUGGUCCUGUUCUUCCACAGAUCUCUGCUCAUGCGCUAUGGUUUGUGGGAUCAUGAGGAGAACAUCAAGGAGAAGCACUCACCCCAGAGCACCACUGAUGAUGCUAAAAUAGAAGAUGUGUGUGAAGAUGGCACCAGUCCUAACAGUCAAGAACCGCUGCUCAUCACAGAGGACCCAGUGGAUUAUGCAGAGUCAGGAGGCAUCACACCAGAUCCCACACCGCCCCCUGCUGUUAAUUCAGAUACUACAGUGUCUGUGGAUGAGCAGGGGUCCACAGGUGUAGACUCCACAAAUCCCCAGGAGGAAACCCAGAGCACAGAUGUGAGACCAAAGAAGAGCAGCAUCCGCUUUCGCAAAAAGAAGACCAAGAAACACAAGAAGACAACUGUGGCCUUAGGGGGAGACACACCAGAACCCGAAGAACCUGAAAGCAAACCAGAGAAGAAGAAAAAACAAAAAAGUAAAAGAAGAGAGGCUGCCAAUGAGCGCCUGCUGGCUAUGGGACAGAAGCUUAAACAUGUCUGUUUAUCUUGUUUCCAGGCAGUUUACCAGCCCACUCAAAGCUUCUUCAAGGACAUAGUGCACGCUGAGUAUCGAGCUGCCACUGAUGUCUACGCCCUCAUGUUCCUCACUGAUGUCAUUGACUUCAUCAUCAUCGUCUUUGGCUUCUGGGCCUUUGGGAAACACAGUGCGGCUGCAGACAUCGCCUCCUCUUUGUCUGAAGACCAGGUUCCGGAGGCGUUCCUGGUGAUGCUGCUCAUUCAGUUCAGCACCAUGAUUAUUGAUCGAGCACUGUACCUGCGCAAGGCUGUCCUAGGAAAGCUCAUUUUCCAGGUGAUCCUAGUGUUUGGAAUCCACAUCUGGAUGUUCUUCAUCCUGCCUGCUGUCACUGAGCGGAAGUUUAAUCAGAACUUUGUGGCCCAGCUCUGGUACUUUGUCAAGUGUGUGUACUUUGGCUUGUCGGCCUACCAGAUCCGCUGUGGUUAUCCAACACGUAUCCUGGGUAACUUCCUGACCAAGAAGUACAACCAUCUUAACCUGUUCCUCUUCCAGGGGUUCCGCCUGGUGCCCUUCCUGGUUGAGCUGCGGGCUGUUAUGGACUGGGUUUGGACUGACACCACUCUGUCACUGUCCGACUGGAUGUGUGUGGAAGACAUCUAUGCCAAUAUCUUCAUUAUUAAGUGCAGCCGUGAGACAGAAAAAAAAUAUCCACAGCCAAAAGGACAAAAGAAGAAGAAAAUCGUCAAAUAUGGGAUGGGUGGUCUCAUUAUCUUUUUCUUAAUCUGUAUAAUUUGGUUCCCUUUGCUCUUUAUCUCAUUAGUCAGAUCAGUAGUGGGUGUGGUCAACCACCCAAUUGAUGUCACUGUAACAGUCAAACUUGGAGGCUACGAGCCUCUGUUUACCAUGAGCGUUCAGCAGCAGUCCAUCAAACCCUUCACUCAAUCAGAUUAUGAUAAUCUCACCAGGACAUUUGGAGAUAAUGCGGUGGCCAUGCAAUUUAUCACUCUGUACAGUUAUGAAGACAUUGUGACAGCCAUGAUUGAGGGCAGCUCAGGGUCCGUGUGGAGGAUCAGCCCCCCAAGUCGACAGGAGCUCAUCAAGGAGCUGCUGGAGAGUCCCGUGGACCUCACACUCAGACUGGCCUGGACUUUCCAGAGAGACUUGGGAAAAGGAGGAACUGUGGAACACACCUUUGAUAAACACUCAAUCGACUUGGAGCCCGGGAGUCCGGUUCGGUCAGAGUUGGCCUCUCUGCUGGUUGGCAACCGCACCAAACCUGUGCUUGUGCAACACAUGUUCCCAAACUACAUCAGAGCCCCGAAUGGAGCAGAGGCCAAACCUGUCAGUCAGCUGUAUAAAGAGGACGAGAAAGGCUACCUGGACAUCACUCUGUCCUUGAUGAGUGAUAAGUCCCUGACAAACACUGGGACUCAGGAGUGGUGGGACAUUGCUAUCGCAGACUGUGUCCCUUCUUCAUGUGGAGUUCUGCCCAUGGUCAUCUUUAAUGACAAAGUCAGUCCUCCCAGCUUGGGUUUCCUGGCUGGAUAUGGGAUCAUGGGCCUGUACGUGUCAGUGGUGUUGGUGAUUGGCAAAUUUGUGCGUGGAUUUUUCAGUGAGAUUUCCCACUCCAUCAUGUUUGAGGAGCUGCCAUGUGUGGACCGCAUCCUAAAGUUAUGCACAGACAUCUUCCUGGUGCGGGAGACAGCAGAGCUGGAGUUGGAGGAGGAACUCUACUCAAAACUCAUCUUCCUCUAUCGUUCUCCAGAGACUAUGAUCAAAUGGACCAGAGACAGUCACAAUUCUGACCAGGAGAGACACUGACUGCACACUUCAAACUCAGACAGGCCACUACAGUAACAGGACAACACUACCAUGUUUAAGUGGAAUAUAUUCAGACAGAGACUGUCAACGAGGAGCUGGAGCCGUUCCUCAGCAUCACAGACCUACAUAGCUCAAUGAAUGUAGGCAGAAUGUUUACACAGGCAAAACCUCAUGUCCCCAGAGCAUGCACAUAAGCAGGGGUGAUGUAGUUUUGUAGUUUUGUGUCCUCAAAAGUCUGAAAUUUGGAGCCUGGAUGACGGAAGGGACAGAUUGGCUCUGUUUUAAAGACAUGAGCACUUUUAAUUUUGUGAACCACAGAUUAUACAGCAUUUGUGAAUAUUGUAUUCUAAUGUAUGUGUUCUUGAUGCCUCUGUGCCUUAAAGAUAGGCUAAAGUGUCUAUCUACUUUGUCUUAAUAAUGUCAGAGAACCUAAAUUAUUUCAUAAAUGUUUUGUGACAUUUUAGCAGAUAUCUAAAAACUGUUGCAGUCUUUGAGAUCCUAAGACAACCAGUGAUGCCUUGCACAAAAUAGUGGUUUCAAUAAAACUGUAGGCCUAUGUCAGAUAGGUACAAAUUAAAGUCUUACUGAGGGAAUCUCCUAAAGGUAUGGAUUCGGUGGCUUCAGUUUAAUCUAUAACGGAAUGUUAUGCAAAAUACUCCGAUUGUGACCAUGUGAAUCAAUUUGUGACUGUUGGUGGCGGUUAGGCCUCUCUGGAGCAGGAUCACAGUAAAGAAUUGAUACUUUGCUAUCAUGCGGGGGGUGUUUUACAUGUAUCUCUAUGGUGCAAUGUUCAGAGGUUGUCAUGGAGACACAAUGCACAGAUUAACAAGCACUGCCAAAAAAAAUUUCAGAUUGUGUGAAAACACAAAAUGGAUCAAUGCAAGUGUUCAUGGUCAAUGCAAGUAUUAAUGGUCGUGUUAAAGUGUUAGAUUUUCAACAGAAACGUGAGAGUAACAGAAAAACUGUUGGAUAAUCUAGCUAGCUUGUAACUGUAAUUUUAUGUACGGGGACUUGUUUAAAAGUAAAAAUCAGCUUGCCUGCUGUAGUUUUAGUUAAGUCAAAUCUUUAAGGUCAGAUUGUGUUAAAAUAAUGUUCAGAUUAAAAUUUGAUUUAAAUAA